UCCCAGUUACCAACUCACCAAAGAAAAAACAACAACAAAGCGUUCUUCCCUGAAGAAAAGCACCCAACAAUUAAAAGGCCACUCAACCGAGUUAUAUGUACGUUCAUCCUUCCUUUUCUCUUGAUUUUUGUUUAAUGAAAACGAAACUAUUUGCCAGAAAUUAGGUUCUCGCUUUCUGUUUCUUUUAAUUCUUUUUCCCCAUUUGUUUCUGUGGAGUCCAUGGAAACUUUAAUCAACUUCACAUCUUCCAUGACCAACCCAUCGCCUGAACCAACGAGGAGACCACCUGGUUUCUUUUACCAGCUCGCAAACCGUCAUUAUUUCACACUCAGCAAGGGGUUUUCCAGGGUUUUAGCAACGACCCAGAUCACAAUUUCCCCUAAACACUCUGUUUUCACUUUACCCAAUUGGAAAACAGGGAAGGGCGACACUAAGAGUAGGGAACUCAGGCUUAGCGAUGCGUAUUUCCACAUGGAAUACAUGGUGGGGAAAGGACAGAAGCCUGAUGUAGUUCAAGCAACUCAGCUGUUGUACGAUUUGUGCAAGGUUAACAAGAUGAAGAAGUCGAUUCGAGUGAUGGAGAUGAUGGUCGACUCCGGUAUCAUACCCGAUGCAGCUUCUUAUACUUUCUUAGUGAAUCAUUUGUGCAAGAGGGGGAAUGUUGGGCAUGCUAUGCAAUUAGUGGAGAAGAUGGAGGCUCAUGGUUAUCCCACGAAUACUGUUACUUAUAACUCUCUGGUUAGAGGGCUUUGUAUGCAUGGAAACUUGAAGCAAAGCUUGCAGUUGAUGGAUAGGUUGAUACAGAAAGGAUUGGUUCCAAAUGAAUUCACUUAUUCUUUCUUGCUUGAAGCUGCUUAUAAGGAAAAAGGUGUGGACGAGGCAAUGAAGCUUUUGGAUGAGAUCAUUGCCAAAGGUGGGAAGCCGAAUUUGGUUACUUACAAUGUUUUGUUGACCGGGUUGUGCAAGGAAGAGAGGACAGAUGAAGCGAUUAGAUUCUUCCGGGAUUUGCCUGCCAAAGGGUUUGAUCCGAAUGUUGUGAGCUAUAACAUUGUGCUACGGAAUUUGUGUUAUGAGGGACGGUGGGAAGAAGCGAAUGAGCUUUUGGCGGAGAUGAAUGGUGAGGAUCGAUCUCCUUCUGUAGUUACUUACAAUAUAUUGAUUGGUUCUCUUGCCCUCCAUGGCAGGACUUCUCAUGCUAUGGAUGUUUUGGAUGAAAUGAUACGAGGACGUUUUAAGGUCAGUGCUACAAGUUAUAAUCCGAUAAUCGCUCGACUUUGCCAAGAGGAGAAGGUGGAUCUUGUGGUUAAGUGUCUGGACCAAAUGAUCUAUAGACGUUGUAAACAUAAUGAAGGAACAUAUAAUGCUAUCGCUGUGCUCUGUGAGCAGGGAAUGGUGCAGGAGGCGUUCUCCAUAUUUCAAAGCUUAGCAAGCAAACAAAAUUCGUCUCCGAAUGAUUUCUACAAGAGUGUGAUUUCAAGUUUAUGCAGAAAAGGGAAUACAUUUGCAGCAUUUCAGCUUUUAUAUGAAGUGACCGAGUCCGGCUUCACGCCAGACUCUUACACCUAUUCCUCACUAAUCAGAGGAUUGUGCUUGGAGGGAAUGUUGCAAGCGGCUAUGCAAAUUUUCACAGUAAUGGAAGAAAGCAACUUUAAGCCUGAUGUUGACAAUUUCAAUGCACUUAUAUUAGGAUUCUGCAAAUCCCAGAGAACUGGUCAAGCCUUAAAGGUUUUUGAGUUGUUGAUCGAGAAAGGCUAUAUGCCUAACGAGACAACGUAUACCAUACUUGUGGAAGGGAUUGCACAUGAAGGAGAAAUGGUGCUGGCAGCGGAAGUACUGAAGGAGUUGCAUAUGAGAGAAGUUGUUAGUCAACAUGUUGUAGACAGACUUAUAAUGCAGUACAACCUUUCAGCCAUUGAUAACUUUUGAAUUUUAGAGUACCAAAAUACGGGGGGAAAUGGAAGAAAACGGAAGGUCAUUGGUCUGUGAUUUUGAUUCUGAGUGUUCAAUUCCUUUGACAGUUUAAAAUAUGGAUUUUGUUCUGAAGAGGAAAGAAGAAGCUUCAAGAUCAUUUGACUGUGAACCAAAUUUAUGGAAGGUGGAAUGAAGAUGAAUCAAGUUCAAGCACAAGGACUCGUAUUUUAGACUUAA